AUGUCCGUCACUAUGAGGUCCGCCCGACUGGUGCGCACCAAUCCAGUCCUUAGGCCCAACUUCAUCGGCCGGCCGCGUUAUUCCGGGGCCCUCGGCGCAGUCAACGCAACAACCCUCCGAUUGACUGGAAGAGACUUGCCAUCCCAAGUAUCGGCUCUCGCGAUCCUAGUCCCGAAGAGAGGAUACGCUACAGAACAAUCGACAUCUACGUCUAGUUCUUCGGACCUACCACCUCCCGGCUUCAACGCGGAGCAAGCCAAGAAACCCAUUCCGGCCGAUCAAGCCAAGUCCGCGAGCGCCAAGGCAGGCCAACAAACGAAGCCCGAGGGUGCUCUUUCGGUGCCAGCGCAGAAUGUUACACAGAAUAAGGGCAAGGAGGGUGAUUUGAUAACCAAGGCCGCUGCUGGGGAGGCUAAGAAGGCUGGGGACGAGCCUAAGAAGGAGGCAAAGAAGUUGACAGUCGGACAAAAGAUCAAGAAGGAGGUUCAGCAUUACUGGGAUGGUACGAAACUUCUUGCCACUGAGGUGCGGAUUAGCUCAAGGCUUGCGCUGAAGAUGGCGGGUGGAUAUGAGCUCAGUCGGAGAGAACAUAGACAGUUAAAACGAACUGUGACUGACCUUGGUCGGUUGGUUCCAUUCUCCAUGUUUCUUAUCAUCCCGUUUGCUGAGCUGCUGCUGCCUGUCGCGCUCAAGCUGUUCCCCAAUCUCCUACCUAGCACAUACGAGGGCAAUUCUUCCCGUGAGAAGAAGGCGCUGAGUCUAAGCUCCACCCGGAAGGAGGUUUCUACGUUCUUGAAGAACACACUGAAGGAAUCGGGCUUGCCUGUAACCGCAGCGACGGUCAGAAACGAGGAGUUUGCCGAGUUCUUCAAGAAGAUCCGGAGUACCGGGGAGGCGCCUUCCAGGCAAGAUGUCAUCAAGGUCUGCAAGAUCUUCAAGGAUGACCUCACUCUGGACAACUUGUCCCGACCUCAGCUCGUUGGUAUCUGCAAAUACAUGAACCUCAACGCCUUCGGAACCGAUGCCAUGCUUCGGUACAACAUUCGCCACCGCAUGCGCCAGAUCAAGAGGGAUGACCGUGCGAUUUUCUACGAGGGAGUGGAGUCUCUCUCUGUUCCUGAGCUGCAGAUGGCAUGCGCUUCUCGAGGUAUCCGUACCCACGGCGUCUCUCCCGCUCGCCUGCGCGAAGAUAUCACGCAGUGGCUCGACCUUCGAUUGAAGCAGGGCGUUCCCUCCACCCUACUAGUCCUCAGCAACGCAUACGUCUACGCGCAGGGCGGUAAGGAGGCGGAGAUGUCCACUCAGAUCGAAUCUCUCCAGUCUGUUCUGUCGAGUAUCCCUGAGGAACUCUUCCACGAGAUCGAGCUCGAGGUGCACAACGCCGAGGGUGCUGCCACCAACAAGCAGCGCUUGGAGGUCAUCAAGGAGCAGCAGGAGCUCAUUGAGGAGGAGAACCAGCAGAACGAAGAGAACGAAGAGAAGGGUGUUGCCGCGCCCAAGGACACCGAGGACAUUGACGAAGAAAAGUACGACGCUAGUCAGUCCGGAGAGGCGUCGGAAGCUUUGGCGGAGGGUGAGAAGGCCGAGAAGGCUGCUGAUAUUGAGCCUUCGGUGGAGGCUGAGAAGAAGGAGACCAAAUGA